AUGGCGGACCUAAAGGUUCUAACCAUUGAUGGCCGAGGACAUCUCCUUGGACGACUUUCAGCCAUUGUAGCCAAGCAGGUUUUGCUAGGUCGUAAAGUGGUGGUCGUGAGAUGUGAGGGCAUAAAUAUCUCUGGUAACUUUUAUCGAAACAAAUUGAAGUAUCUUGCUUUCUUGCGCAAGAGAAUGAACACAAACCCUUCUCGUGGCCCUUACCACUUCAGAGCCCCAAGCCGUAUCUUCUGGAGGACAGUCCGAGGAAUGCUGCCUCAUAAGACCAAGCGUGGGCAGGCUGCCCUGGAAAGGCUGAAGGUCUUUGAUGGCAUUCCUCCACCAUACGAUAAGCGGAAGCGCAUGGUGGUACCAGCAGCGCUCAAGAUUGUGCGGUUGAAGCCCACACGCAAGUAUGCAUACUUGGGUCGUCUUGCUCACGAGGUAGGCUGGAAGUACCAAGCAAUCACUGCUACCUUGGAAGAGAAGCGGAAAGAAAAGGCCAAGCUUCAUUACGUGAAAAAGAAGACUGUGAUGAAACUGAGGAAACAGGCAGAGAAGAACGUUGAAAGCAAGAUAUCCAAGUACACAGAUGUUUUGAAGAAUUAUGGAAUCCUUGUGUAA